AGAAGAUGGAGAGCCCACAGCUCACCAGGCUACAUGCAUGAGCACAACACGCGCUGCUCAUUCACGGCUGUGAUCCUCCCCAGCAGCAGCAUGUUGUCGGUUAUAGUGACAUCUUUCUGGAACGGUCGGCCUGCAGCUGCACACGCACUGAUCCAGCCCACCCACUUCAAUACCAAGGACAGCGGUCGACGCACGGAGCUCUGACAGCCAUGACAGCACAUGCAGCAGCAAAUCAAGCCCUGAUUUAUGCCCGGUGCUCCGGGAGCAGCGACGCGCGGCUGACCGGGAUGACACUGCUGUUUCGAGGCGAAGGGCUCUCCGCCGCUCCUCCCGCAGGAAAGCAGGCGCCACAUUCUGCCGGAAUUCAAGUGGGGAGUCGACACCUACCUGCUGGUCCUGGGAACCCUACUAUUGAAGUUGUCUACAACCAUUCAAGGGACAUAUGCCAGUGGUUGGGAGCAACUUCAGAGUCUAGUAUUUGCUUGUGCGUGAAGACUUUACUGGAUUUUGUUAUGACUGAAAAUGGCUAUUUCUAAAUGAACUAUUGUCUCUUUGAAAGGUUUCUUCGGGAAAACAAUGUUUGUGUACAGUAAGUGAAAAUGUGCACUCUAGCUAUGUGUGUGAAGAAGCCAGUGUUUUAUCUGCUCAGAGUAAUAAAUCAUUUCUGUUUUUACAUGUCAUAUGCUACACGUGUUUGAGAUUGUUCCCUUAGUAGAGGUCUGGCGCGCACACUUACUUUCCCUCACAUGUUUUGACACUGGAGAGGGAACACCCCUGCUGCUCGGGACACUGAACAUAGAAAUGUUGUUUUCAUCCGGCAUUUCAGUGCAGUCGAUGAACCAUUUACAAAGGAACUUCGACUUUAUGUUUUAGCUACAUAACUCUAAUAAGUUGUUAUGUUAUAUGUUGUCUUAGCUUCAGAAUAAGGUACUUUCUACAUCACUUCUUUCACAUCCCCAUCUAGUGGUGCGUUGUGGGAUCGCACAGGUCACCGAAGUGCAUCCAGCCCCGAUUGGAAGGCAUAAACCAAAGCGAUAUAAAUCUCACCCCACAGUGGUCCAGAUCUUAUUUUAAAAUAAACAUAUACAUCCAAGACCUGAGCCAUCUGAGAGGAACUCUCUGCCAUCACCAUGGCAACUGCUAAUAUUUGGUGCCUUACGACAGUCACACUCCAUCUGCUUCUGUUUUGAACGGAACAAAAAGAAGUAAGAGCGUUUGAACUGCCACAGGAAGAGAACAGUUGGAGAUAUUCUUGCCCCCUCAUCUCACACAGCUCCCAAUCACCCUGAUAUUUUACCUCGGCAGGAGGAGAGGAAGCUGAAGCGAGGCCUAGAGCUUAUCAAAGGAUAAUGCCGUCACUUUGGAAGACCCUGCCGCUGCCAAAAGGUUCUCUUCUGCCCAACAGCAGCUCCGCUCACUGUGGAUUCCUUUUCGCCUCCACUUCCUCAUUGGUCCAAAUGGCAGUGGAGAUUUCCCCUUAGUGACAUCCCUGCUGAGCUGACGCUCCUGCGCUCAGGACAACAUGGAUUCAUGUUGUCGAGCCUUAACGCUCGGCCAUGUUUGUUUACAAAAAUAGAACACCAUUCAUUGCACUUCUUCCAUGAUAUUCAUCGGCGAUCAGUUGGUUUUAUGGCACUAAAACGCCUGGAUACCUGCUAACAAUACCAUCCCCUCUCCAUCUUUCAGUGAAUUCUUGGACGAUUAAGUCGGCAGUCGCACAUUUCUCGGCUGAGGGAGAGCUAACCUAAUAACAGAGGACAAGACCAGCGUGUGUGCACCAGCAAACAAGAGGAAAAACAAGUUGAUUUAGAAGGAUUGUGACAGAGGUUGAACCCUUUUUGACUUCUCUGAUGAGUCAUGUCUUGCCAGCGAUGCAUUAAGUGAGGAGUGGUCAUGUGAUGAAGCGUUUUUGGGCUAUAAAAGUGGCCGUCAUUGGUCAGAAUGAGCCGCAGAUCAGCUCGCAGAGGACCCGAGAGACUCCAAGGACAGAGUUAACGGAAGGAGCCAGCAUGGAUGUAAGUAGCCCGUCUAAUGCUCAGCUAGCCACUCUGCAAACUGAUGCUCUGUGCGGCGGCUGCCCUUCCUCUGGUUCUGCCCCACAGACUAACACCGUCUGGACCGCCGCGCCAACCACUCCUGGCUUCCCUGGGUGGCCGGGACAGGUGAGCCAACCUGCCCCCUGCUGGACCGGCCAGCCCAACACACCCUGCUGGACCCAACAGGUGCCAGCAUCUUACCCAGCUUCAGGUCAGGCACAGUCAGGUCAGGUGUUCACCGUUCCAGCUCCCGCUGCUCCAGUCCAGCCUCCAACCCCAGUUCAAACUUUACCCCCAGUCCAAGGUUUAGCUCCAGCUCCAGUCCAAGCUCUCACUCCAACUUCUGUUCAAACCUACCAACCCUGCUGGCCCGGUGUUCCGUGUCAGUCGCCCCAGUCCCCGGCCCCAGUUCAAGCCCUAGUCCCAGUUACACCCCAAGUCCCAGCUCAACCCCAAGUUCCACUUCAACCCCAAGUCCCGGUAACACCCCAAGUCCCAGUUCAACCCCAAGUCCCAAUUCAACCCCAAGUCCCAGCUCAACCCCAAGUCCCAGCGCAGGUCCCUGCUCUGACUCCAGCACCGGUUCCUGCGAUCCAACCAGUCACCGCUGCCGGUCCAGGGCUUCAGCCCCUCCGCUGGGCGGCCCACCCUGGUUGGCCCUACAACCCGGGGCAGUCUGGCUGGCCGGGACAGAACCCUGCUCUCAUCGCUCCUCACUGGCACCCUUCCACAUCUGGACCACUUAGCGUCCCGUACAACCUGAACCUGUCCCGUGGAGUGUACGACAAGAUGAUGAUGACCAUCUUGGGUCAUGUCAAACCACAUGCUAAAAUGUUCACCGUGAACUUCCUGCGAGGCAACGACAUCGCGUUCCACCUUAACCCACGCUUCUGUGAGGACGGCAAGCAGGUGGUGGUUCGCAACCACAAAGUGGGCAGUCGCUGGGGACCAGAGGAGAGGGACCUGAAGGGACCCUUCCCCUUCGCCCUCGGCAGUCCCUUCGAGAUGAAGAUCCUGUGCACCCACGAGGCCUUCAGGGUGGCUGUCAACAACAUCCCAUUGUUUGAAUUCCGCCACAGAGUCCGAGAGCUGAACCAGAUCGACAGAAUCAACAUCCUUCACGACGUCGUCCUCACUUUCGUCAACGUGGAGAACCUUCCAUAGAUAGCACCGCUGAUGCACUCCUUAUAUUCAGAAGUGCAUAUUAACAUGUUUCAAAUGUAUUAACCCAAGAGUGGAUCGACUAACCUUAACGUGUGAUAUUGUUUCUGUAAACUACACUGACAAGUGUGAAGUAGUGAUGGGUAGAUGAGGUAUCAUGGAACAGAAGUGCAUGGUUUUAUUUCACAGCACCAUCUGGUGGCCUCUUAAAAUAAGGACACUGUUUCAUGAACCUCGAAGUUGACUCAUGGAAAUGUAUUAAAUUAUUUGGAUUUAUUUAAACAAUAAUCAUAACAGUUUCAUAAAUACAUAUAAGAAAGUCUGUCAUAAAUAUAAAAUACAACACUUUAUACAAAGUUUCAUGGCAUCAAUCUAUCAAUGACAUACAUGUUGAUUCAAGUGCAUCAGUAAAGAACACUGCUUUAAAGACCAUUUAAAAUCAAGCAUGGUAAAAUGUAUGACUUUUAGUGUCAGGAUCUUAGUUCCACAAGCUGCUGCCCAUGAUGUUGCUGCCCCACUGUGGGAGAAUGGAGGAAGCACAUGAGCCCAAGCCUCCAAAUUUGAAGGGUUUUUAAGAGCCAGCAGCAGCACGGAAACGUAAAAUAAAGACUGAGGCAAACCUUUCUGUGAGAGUGUUUCAGAUAUGUACAAUGAUGUGUCUGUAAUGUAUAACUGCCUUCUGGUGGGAAAUAAAUGGUGCAGUGUA